CCAUCUCUAUUUCUGGCGCGAAAUUGGCAGAGACAGAAAUAAAUUUAAUAACAAAGUAUAAUGAGCUUCGCGAGCAGCUGUCUACGUUAUGCCCAUACGGAUGGCUAUACCGGCCUUCUGUAUACGCCCAAGGAUGGGGAAUUUAUCAUCACUUGCGGCACAGAUGGAGACAUUCGCCAUUGGACUUGCAUUAGCGAUGAUGAUCCUCGUUCGACGUGUUUGGGGGAAUUUGUUAUGUGCAUUGCUCACACGGGUACCAGGCUAUUGGCCUCCACGGAUCGCAAUACGGUCCAUGCAUAUACAUUUCCGGCUAUGGAUAGCGAUGGCAUACUGAUGAGAUUCACCGCACCAGCCACUUGUUUAAAGUUUAAUGGUGGCUACACAGCUGCUGGCAGCGAGGAUACCAACAUUAAAGUGUUGCGCGGCGAAAGUGCCGGCAAUGAAAUCACUUUGGAGGGACACAAGGGUCCUGUUUUGGCCUUGGACUUGUUUCCCGAACGGAAGCUAUUGGCUUCAGUGGCCGGCGAUGGUCUUCUGAAGGUCUGGAACUUUGACACGGCAAAAGAGUUAAAAAGCAUUGAAGGAUUACCCCGUAUCAAUAGUUUUGAAAGUGCCUCCCUCUUCGGCACUCCCUGUUUUGAGCCCCAACGAGGCGGGGAAUUGGCCUAUGCUUUGGACAAGCAAAUUGUAGUCUUAAACACAUCCAACUGGGAAGAGGCCUAUAGACUGAUUGACGACCAGGUGUCUAGCAAUUAUAGUUGUUGUGCCUUCUCACCGAACGGCGAACGCCUGGCUGCAGGCACAACUGGCGGCGAGAUUAGCAUCUUUGAUAUGAAGAAGAGGAAAGCACUUGCUGUCGAGGGACCACCCAGCGAUUGUAAUGCCAUCACUAAUUUGGCCUGGCAUACAGCCAAUGAGAAUGAAUUGGGCUUUUGCGAUGCCACUGGUCAAUUGGGCACAAUGGUACUAAGCGAUGAAGUUGGAGGCAGUGGCGAAGGUGCCAUAGAAGAGGCUCAAGAUGAACUGCUGGACGGUGAUGACUACAUAUAUGAGGCUGAGGAAGCCACCGCUGGAGAUGCAGAUGCAAAUGGCGAGGGCGAUGAUGGUGUGAGUUUAGAGAAAUUAAAGCGACAAGUAUUAAAUUUAGAUGAGGAAAACUCCCGUCAAUCGUUGGCCAGCAGCGUAACGAGUGCUCCUGCUGCUCCAGCUGCUGUUCAACUGAAACUGUUUAAACAACAAGCAGCAUUCCAACCUAGUGCCACUCCCAUGGGUCUUGAGCAUCGCUAUCUAGUAUGGAACGAUGUGGGAAUAGUCAUUAGCCAUGAAGAUCCCACAUCUGGGGAUGGGUCCAUUGAUGUGGAGUUCCACGAUGCCAGCAUACAUCAUGCUCUCCACAUUAGCAACUAUAACCAACACAAUUUGGGCAGUUUAAGUCGCAGUGCCUUGGUUUUGGCUUCGACAGAAACAACCAAAUUGGUAGUCAUUGCUCUGGCUGCUGCCGGAAAUAAGGAAUGGUCUCUGAAUCUCCCCGACUGUGAAUGUGUGGAGGCUGUGGUGGCCACUAGCCGGUUAAUUGCUGUUGCUACCAGCUCCUAUUUCCUGCGCAUUUUCAGUGUCCUGGGUACCCAGCGUGAGAUAUUAACCAUACCAGGGCCGGUGGUCAGUCUGAGUGGCCAUGAGAAUAGCCUAAUGCUUGUCUAUCACAGCUCAAGCCCCAGCCAGACGCAACAGUAUCUAUCAGCUAUGUUGGUAAACAUCAAUGGGUUAAGUUUACGUGUCGAGCAUCUUCCAGUGCCGCUUACGCCAGGACGACAACUCAGCUGGCUGGGUUACAGCGAUGUAGGAUCACCCGCUUUGGCCGAUAAUAUGGGUAUUAUCCAGCUCUACAGGAAGAGCAGUAAUGCUUGGUUCCCCAUAUGCGAUACCAUGAAACAGAGUUCAAGUGUAUCCAAUAAUUACUUUGUGGUGGCUCUCUCAGAGCAUAGGCAGAUCAUUCAGGCAGUGCUGUGCCGUGGGUCUUCGUAUCCCAUGACCAACCCGCGUCCCAUGCUCCAAGAACUUUAUAUGCAAAUGCCCUUGUGUAACUUUGAAAUGGAAAAAUCCGAACUGGAGGAUUCUCUAUUGCGGUCCAGUUUAAUGCAAGUUGAGGGAGGCGAAAAGAAACAAAAAGAGACGGCAAUUAGCCUUUUUGCUUUGGCAUGCAGCAGUGAAGUUGAGCCGCGUGCUCGAGAACUUAUUGAAUCUAUUGGUUGUCCCGAUCUCUUGCAACUUGCUGUAAAAUACGCCACUAAACGUGGACGCAUACACCUCUCGGAUCGUCUGUGUGAACUUCUACCUCAGUUGGAAGCGUUCCAGGAGGCCCGCAAGCAACAGAACUUAUUAGGAGCUAGUGGUAUAUCAGCUACCAUUGUUCUGCCUAUGACACCCAACUCGGGCAGUCAAAACGGACCCAAGCUGGCGCCAAAAGCUAUGGAAUUGAAUUCUGCCAAACGUGGUUCUCUCAAACGUUUUAGUAAUUCCCCGAAUCUCUUCAAAUCGGCUGCAACUCGUCCAUUGACACCGGAACCGGCGGCCGUCGUAGACACCCAAGAGAAUAUUUUUGGCGAAAGUGAGGCAGAAUUGAUGCCAUCUGGUAAAUGUAUGGAAUCCUCCGAGCAACGUACUCCUCUCAAUUCGGUUAACCCGUUCGCCAUGAAGCGCAAAUUAGUCGAUACCGGAGUCAUUUUUGGUUCAGAAAAGCUUAAGCUCGCCAAGAAAUGAGAAAUAAAAUAAUAAUAAUAAUAAGAUUUAAAUUAGAUUUCGAUUGUAAGAAUAUAAAAGAUUGUAAUUAUUAAAA